AUGUUUUAUAGAAAGCAACCACGUUUACCCGAAUGGUUAAAGACAGAAAUCCCAGCAGGAAAAAACUUUGGCAAGAUCAAGCGAGACCUUCGUGGCCUUGGCCUUCAUACCGUAUGUGAAGAAGCUCGUUGUCCAAACAUUGGCGAUUGCUGGGGUGGAGGUGAGCAUCAGACGGCUACAGCAACUAUUAUGCUUAUGGGUGAUGAAUGUACAAGAGGAUGUCGAUUCUGUUCUGUCAAGACCAAUAGAGCACCCAAGCCAUUAGAUCCUCAUGAACCAGAGCAUACGUCAGAAGCUAUUAGUCGAUGGGGAUUAGAUUAUGUUGUUCUCACUAGUGUUGAUCGAGAUGAUUUGCCCGAUGGUGGAUCUCGUCAUUUUGCAGAGACAAUUCGUAAAAUUAAACAAAAAGCUCCUCAUAUUUUGGUAGAAUGUCUGACAGGUGAUUUUGGUGGUUCACUUGAAGGCGUAGAAACCGUUGCUUUAUCAGGAUUAGAUGUAUAUGCUCAUAACAUUGAGACCGUAGAAGCCUUGACACCUUAUGUUCGUGAUCGACGAGCAGGUUUCCGCCAAUCCCUCAAAGUACUCGCGCAUGCCAAGAAAGUCAACCCUGAAUUAAUUACUAAAUCAUCCAUCAUGCUUGGCUGUGGAGAAACUGAUGAAGAGGUGCUCCAUGCACUUCAGGAGCUUCGAAAGGCUGAAGUUGACUGUGUUACACUCGGUCAAUAUAUGAGACCUACCAAGAGACACAUGAAGGUACAUGAAUACGUCACUCCUGAAAAGUUCAAGCAUUGGGAAACAAAGGGUAUGGAGAUGGGAUUUAAAUAUGUUGCCAGCGGACCUCUUGUUCGAUCAAGUUACAAGGCUGGUGAGUUCUAUAUUGGUAACAUCUUGAAAGGUCGUAGAGGAUUACCAUUAUCUCCUGCACCCAAAGAACUUGAUAAUUCCGAAAGCAAAAAAUUGUAA